CGUGUGAUUGUCUUCAUCGCCGUCUCUCGCCGGUGAUUGUCUCUCGCAACAUCAUCACCUUCCAGGUACAAUAAAAUGUCACUUUUGAUUCCCACCAAAGAUCACUUCCCUGCGCAGUAUUCGAUUUGUGGAGAACUAGAAGAUGCAGUCGCCAUAGUUAGGAGCAAAUUGAGUGUAGAGAAUAUGGUGAACUUUCGAAAAAUGCCAUUUGGUGAUUUCAUGGAUGUGCAGAAGCUCCAAUUUUCUGGACAACUCAUCCAUAUCCUUAUGAUACAUCUCGUUUGCCAACAACCUGAAGACGAGAUGUGGUUUAUGAUCAAUGGUACUCUUAACAAGUUCACUUUUGAAGAUUUUUGUCGAAUCACAAGUUUGCCGAUUUCCAAGCCAUAUCCAAAUUUUAGCAAUGUGAAGGCUUCGUCCGAGACUAUUCACAAAAAGUAUCUCCGAGGGGGCACGGUGAAAUGCACCUUCACGCACUUGCGGAAUAUGUUUAUGACUGCGGAGGAAGAUGUACCCAGCAGUGAUUUACAUAAGCUUGCCUCGUUGUAUUUUGUUGAGCAUGUGCUGCUAGCGAAAGAUAGAGGGAAUGAUGGAUGGCCAACCGGAGAAAUUCAAAGAAAAGAAAAAUAACAACUCCAAUUUGAAGUCUUGGAAAUAUGCUUUGUAUGGGUUUCCACUUGUUCUGCAAAUUUGGGCUUAUGCGACGUUUCUAGUCCUUGAAGACGAGGUUGCUCAGUGUAAUCAAGAGAUAAAAUGUCCACUGUUAAGUUGGGGAGCUAAGAAAUGCCCACAGUACCACUCUCUAAAGCAGUUGUUAUUCCCUAAUGAACCUGACGAAGUCACAAAUAAGAUGGACAACACACUUGAUUUGUUGUUUAGAAGUGUUGAAGAUUUAAAGAACACUCUAAACAAAAGGAUUGAUGCAUUGGAGGAUAAAAUUGAUGGUUUGUGUUGUGACGUGAAGGAUAUGUUCACGGUUGUAGGAAGGAAAAGGAAGGGGGCAGUAGACUAUGUGACGAGGGUUGAACGAAGGAAAAGGAAGGAGAUCGGAGAGGACGUAUUGAGCGUUCAAGGGAGAAAAAAGGAAGAGGAUGGGG